AGGUUCAAUAAAGUUUGUUGAAGGAAAAAAAAAAACACCCUCUGUUUGCGAGCCCCGGAAGUAGUUUGAGAGCUGAGGCUGCACAUGGGGAGAGCUGAGAAUCCACAACCUUUAUAAUCUGAGGCUGCAUACAAGUCUGAUUUAAAAGAAAAAAAAUGACAAAAGAAGGUUUGAAAAAGAAACCUAAGAAAGUGAAAAAGACAAAAAAAGAUGCUGAAGCCACGGAUGAAACUAAAGUAUCUGAGACUGAACCAGCACCUGAAAGUUAUGUAGCGGGAGAGGUGUCUGGCAGCUUGUUCCCAAAGAAAUCCAACCUGGGUGCCACACCGCUGUCUUCCCUCUUCGCCACCACAGCUUCCUCCAAUCAGCCUCUUUAUGUUCCUGUUGUAAUAACCAAAACGAAAAGAAAACUCCCUGAGCCGGAGGGCACGAAACAGAGUAAGCAAACGCCUGCUGACUGCCCGGCAAAGACAAAGAAGAAAGUGGCUAAAAAAGAGCUGGCCCUAUCUGAGAAGCGAGUGGAGGACAGGGAGCAAGCACUGACAAAUGCAGAUGAAGAUGAAAAUGCAAAGGCAGCUAAAGCGAAAAACCUAAAAAACAAAAAUAACGCUGAUGACGAAGACAUAACGCAGCAUGAUAAAAAAAGGAGGAUCCAGGCCGAAGAAAGGGUGAAGAACAAAAGAACCAUCUUUGUUGGUAAUCUGCCGAUCUCCUGCACUAAACAGAUGCUGAAAUCCUGCUUUAAAGAGUUUGGGCCGAUCGAAUCUAUGAGGUUCCGUUCUGUGGCUCGAGCAGACCCCACCGAGUCAAGAAAAGUUGCUGCUAUACACCGGAAUGUGCAUGAGAAGCGAAAAAACAUAAAUGCAUACGUGGUCUUUAAAGAGCAAGACAGCGCUGCUAAGGCUCUUGUAAGAAAUGGCAUGGAGAUCAGCAGUGGAUUCCAUAUCAGAGUUGAUCGCGCUUUGAAAAGCCCCUCGCACAACAACAAGAAAACUGUGUUUGUGGGAAACCUUCCAUAUGAUGUAACAGAAGAGGCGCUCAGAGAACACUUUUCUGACUGUGGCACUGUAGAAGGCGUUCGUAUAAUCCGGGACAAGAACACUGGAAUUGGCAAAGGUUUUGGCUACGUUUUAUUUCAGGGUACCGACUCUGUACAGCUCGCACUAAAGCUGGACAACACUGAGCUCAUGGGGAGAAAACUCCGCGUAAAACGAUGCAUGACGAAUGACACAAAAGGCCCACAGAAAAAGAGCGGCUUCAAACAGAAGUUAGAUUCCCUACAGAAAGGACAAGUCAUGAAAAACAAAACAUUCAUGGGUGAAACAGCAAACGGUACAAAGAGUAAAAGUAAGAGGCCGAAAAAUAAGAUAAAACCAGCAAUGAAACCAAACAAAAAGCCAAACAAAAAACCAGGCAAGAAGCAAACAAGCAAGAAAUGAACGAUGUAAAGACCUAGUUUUGUAUAUUAGAGACUUCUGACUCUUUCUUGACUGUGAAUAUGAAUACAUUUUUAAAAGUUAAUAAUGGAGCAUUUGUUUUUGUUCACUAUCAUUUUUAUUUACUGUUUUUGUGUCUCUGUACCAUGGUAUUCCUUUAUCUAAGAUAAUGUAUUGCUGUCUAUGGGGACGGCAAUGCCGUCUAUGUGGGUCUAGUGCGGCCUGUUGGGAUCUGAGGUGGAAAUUACAUCCAGAGAUUUUGUAGUGUGAACCUGACCUUAGUCCGAAGCCUCCUAGUUCAGAAAUGCCAGAACUACUGUAUUGAUGUAAUUCUACAUUGCGAUGUAGAUUUAUGCGCCGACGCCAGUCACUAGAGCGACCUUCCUGCUUCCGCCGGGUAACCCUGCUCGUAGCAAAUCUGCAGCGGAAAAUCCGCUGCUACAAGCAGACACACAGGGUUACCUGGCCGAAGCAGGGAGCUCGCUCUAGUCACUGGCAUUGGCACAUCCGAAGUGUAAAAUACCCUGCUGGUGCACUACGUGUGACUCUUCCCUAAGGGUAUCUUUACUCAAGCAUUUGCUGCUGAUUUUUCUACCCAUUAAAAUAGGUAGGAAAAUUAGCAGCAGAAAUCUGGAGCACAACACACUUGGUGCGUUCACACUGGCAGGUUUUCAGCGAGUUUCUUUCUGCAAAUUUAAGCAGCAGAAAAAUCUGUAGCAGACCCCAUUGAAGCUAAUGGCAUCUGCUAGAGAUUUUCCUCUGUGGAAAAUCUGCAGCGGAAAACACUCAAACUUGCAGCAGGAAGCUCACUGUAAACCCGCCCUUGUGAACGUAUCCUAAAGCUGCAGCCAGGCUGUUCUGUUCUGUCACUGACUUAUCCUUUAGAGAACAAAAUGGUUGAGCAGCGAAAAUCCAGCAGGUCCGACCCUUCUUUCUACCGACAUCAUCUAUUGGUUGAGAGUUGGGAUGUCGCCGUACACAUUAGUCGGCCAAACCUACCAGCGGGUUUUAUAAUAAGCUUUUAUAUAAGCUGUUCAAAGCAUACAGGCUAUCAGUAAUGGCAUUCUGUAUGUCAGUGUUUCCCAACCAGGGUGCCUCCAGCUGUGCAAAACUACAACUCCCAGCAUGCACGGACAGCCGUUGGCUGUCCGGGCAUGCUGGGAAUUGUAGUUUUGCAACAGUUGGAGGCACUCUGGUUGGGAAACACUGCUGUAUGUUGUAGUUUUACCAAAGAUUGUAGACCACUGUUGUAAGGUUAAAAAAAAAAAAAAGUAUCAGCACAGGGAACCCCUUUAAAAUGCUGUGUUUCUAUAUUUAAAGUUGCCAAUUAAAUCUU